CCUUGCUAAUGCGCAAUGUGUGAGAAGAAAGAAAGAGCCAUUUCUCGCAACAGUCUCGUCCAUUCUUUAGCUGUCUUAAACCUAAGGACUAUUUUUUUCAAGCUGGUAUUUGCUUUACUGCGUUGUUCGCUCCGGAAUAUCUUCAUUGAAUUCUGCAUGGAAGGUUAUGCAGUUAACCAUUGGUUUGGCUGGAAGAUGAGGUGGCAAGUAAUAUUAUGGCUUAUGUCUGUUGCCUAUCGCACAAUCGACUGUCAGAUCCGUUACUCCGUUCCAGAGGAGAUGAAGAAAGGCUCGUUGAUCGGCAAUGUAGCGCACGAUCUUGGUCUGGACUUGAAACGGCUCAGGGCCGGGCGCGCACGGAUUGUGACCGAACAGAGUACACAGUACGCAGAACUAAAAGCAGACAAAGGGAUUCUGGUGGUGAACGAGAGAAUAGACCGAGAGCAGCUUUGUGGCGAGACCACACCAUGUAGCUUCAGUUUCGAGAUAAUUCUCGAAGGUCCGAUGGAACUGCAUCAGGUUACGGUAGAAAUUAUUGAUAUAAAUGAUCAUUCGCCUGUAUUUCGUAAGAAUCAAAUGAACUUUGAAAUAAGCGAGUCCGCUACGCUUGGUUCACGCUUUGUUUUAGCAACCGCAGAGGAUCCGGACGUUGGACUAAACGCCCUUCAAAAUUAUAUACUAGCUAAAAACAAUAAUUUUGUUAUAAAGCAAUAUUCGAACCCAGAUGGCAGUAAAUAUGCAGAAAUGGUGCUGCAAAAACCUUUGGAUCGAGAAGAAAAUCCUCAGCUUUCACUAAAGCUGAUCGCGGUUGACGGAGGAAAUCCACAAAGGUCUGGCACUAUUAAUAUAGAUGUGACGGUGUUAGACGCGAAUGACAAUGCCCCAGUAUUCAGUCAGACCGUAUACAAAGCCACUGUUGUGGAAAACGCAGCAACUGACACAUAUAUUACUACAGUGAACGCAACUGAUGCAGAUAGCGGUUCUAACGGCGAAGUGUCGUAUGCAUUUUCCAACCUUAAAGAACAUUUAUCAGAAAUAUUUCGUAUCGAUGGACAUUCUGGCGUUAUAUCAGUUGCAGGUAAUGUUGAUUUUGAAAAAGAUAAGCGCUACGAAAUCAGAGUGGAAGUAAAGGACCAAGGCGGACUGACAGACACCAGCAAGGUUAUAAUUGAGGUAUCUGACGUCAACGAUAACACACCUGUCAUAAAUAUAAUGUCUUUUUCGAGUCCUGUGUCUGAAGAUUCACCUAUAGGUACGACGAUAGCCAUAAUCAAUGUUAAGGACGCUGACUCUGGGGAAAAUGGACAGAUUACGUGCACCAUAGAUAAUGGACUUCCUUUUAAAAUUAAAUCUACUCUUACGAAUUAUUACACAUUAGUGACAGACACAUUGCUUGACAGAGAGGCUAAGACGGAUUAUAACAUUUCUGUAACAGCUUCAGAUCGUGGAUCGCCAACUCUUUCCACCUCGAAAACGUUGCAUCUUCGUGUGUCUGACAUUAACGACAACCCCCCGAUAUUUGAACAGAAUGAGUAUCAUACUACGGUACCGGAAAAUAACGCACCAGGUACGUCGAUAUUUACUGUCAAUGCACGAGACUCGGACUGGAAUCAAAAUGCCAAAGUCUCUUAUUUCCUUGAAGAAAUGCAAAUCGGUGAGGAGACCGUGACAUAUUAUGUGUCAAUCAACGCUGACAACGGAGAAAUACGUGCAAUUCGACCAUUUGAUUAUGAACAAAUUAAACAGAUCAGAUUUACAGUAAAGGCUCAAGAUGGUGGCUCCCCUCCGCUCAGUAGCAAAGCAACAAUAACUAUCUCAAUUCAGGACCAGAACGACAACAAUCCUCAGCUUCUGUACCCAGUGCAGACUGGUGGCUCUGUGGUGGCUGAAAUUGUGCCUCGUUCAGCAGAGGUGGGAUAUCUCGUGACCAAAGUGGUGGCUGUUGAUGUGGACUCUGGACAGAAUGCCUGGCUCUCAUAUAAACUGCAGAAAGCUACAGACAGGGCGCUGUUUGAAGUGGGCUUACAGAAUGGAGAAAUAAGAACUGUGCGCCAGGUGACCGAUAAAGAUGCUGUGAAGCAGAAGCUCACUGUUGUAGUGGAGGACAACGGACAGCCCUCUCGUUCAGCUACAGUCAAUAUUAACGUGGCGGUGGCGGACAGUUUCCCUGAAGUGCUCUCGGAGUUCACUGACUUUACGCACGACAAGGAUUACAACGACAACCUGACUUUUUAUCUAGUCUUGGCCUUGGCUGUAGUUUCUUUUCUCUUCAUCGUGUCCAUUAUAGCCAUACUGUCAGUCAAAUGCUACAGAUGGAGACGUGAGAGGAUGUUCUACAAAUCCGGUGCCAAUCUGCCAGUUAUUCCAUAUUAUCCACCUCUUUACGCAGACAUAGGGGGGACAGGAACUUUACAGCAUGUGUAUAAUUAUGACGUCUGCAGGACGGCUGACUCCAGAAAGAGUGAUCUAAAACACAUGAGACCAACUCAGAGCAUCAUUAGUCUUGAUACAAAUGGAACACAGACUCUCACACAUGCGCAGAGGGAGAAGCUGAUUAUUGACGAUUUCGAAGAUCAGGUGAGACAAAUUAUUAUUAUUAUUAUUAUUAUUAUUAUUAUUAUUAUUAUUAUUAUUAUUAUUAUUAUUACCUAGUUUUUUAGUUGAUUAGUAAAGCUCUGGCCUUACUGAAU